CCGAGGGGGGCGCCCCUGCUCCGUCACAGACCCGCGGCCCGGCCUGGCCCAGACAGCUGGAGCCCACCCGGUCGCUUAGGAACGGGACGCGGAGAUGGCGGCGGGCGCCGGGCAGCGGGCAAUAGAAAAACAGCUAAAGACCUGUGGUUAUAAGAGGGAUGCAGAUGUCUCAGUAUUGUAUCUUGCUGGACAAGGACUAAAAGUCAUCCCCACUCUGUCACGAUUUCGGAUGUUAAAGUAUUUGUGGCUUAACAACAAUAAGAUCCAAGAGAUAACAUUCUUGAUUAAUAAUUAUUGCUUGACAGAACUCUACCUUAACAAUAAUGACUUGAGAGAUAUAGCAGGUGCUCUGAAACACUUGAAUUCAUUACAAGUCCUGCUGCUUCACAACAACCAGUUGAAGCACCUUGACAAAACAGUGAAGGAACUGACAGGAAUGAUAAGUCUGCAAACCCUAAACCUAUUCCAUAAUCCCCUGUCCCAAGAUCCUAUGUACCGUCUUUAUGUGAUAUACUUCCUUCCUUCAGUACAACUUCUUGACAGAAAAAAAAUUACACAAAAAGAAAAGGAAUCUGCAUUACAUAUUUACAACCACGAAAGAUCCUGUGUUCUCCAGUCUAUAGCUUUUGGAAAGAGAAUAGACAAAUCAUUGGUGGCUAAGACAGUAUCCAGCAGAAGCAUUCUAGCUGCCCAAAGUUUGCAGAUGCCUCCAGAUUAUGAAUUUGCAAAUCACGUGAAUAAAGUUCCAUUUGAGAACCCUGAAGAUGCAGUUUUUGUAAGGGCAAUGAAGAGAUCUAUAAUGGAAUUUUCCUGUGUAGAUUGGAACAAAAUACCCACCUACCAAGAAAAGCAUCUUGAAAACAAACUUAAAGAACCCUGUGAGAAAUUGACAGUUAAAUUCAGAUAACUGUUUGCUUUCUCAGGAAACAUUUAUAUAUAUAUAUAUGCUAGAUAGGUAUUAAAGCUUUCUUUUAAGUUAGCAUUUGUAAGGCAUACACUGUAACUUACACUUUAUUACAUUAACUUUCAGCAGAACAACUGUACCACCCUGUUACCUGGUAAUUCAAAAAAUGUAAUGCUUAGAGUUGAGGAAUAAAGGUCAAAAACACCA